AUGUCAAGUCUUUCGUCGGAGAAGCUAGACACCUACUCUGACGACAUCAUCAUCGACGAUAUCGAUAUGGCGUACAACGACCCUCCCUCAUCGCCUUUUAUGGACCACAUCGAUGUCGAAGACCAAGAGAAUAUUGCCCCCAACGCAGCGGCCACACCCGUGAAGCCACUAGUUGAUCUGGAGGACAGCGCACCGCAAUCUGUGUUCAGAGUGUCGCCAGAGAAGAAGUAUGGGCUGAAAGAGCGCACAAGCCCAAUGAAGACGCUCCCGGUGAAGAAUUUAAUGGACGACUUCGACGACGCGGCACUCAAAAUUAGCAGCGACGAUCAACACACGCCCAAGAGAGAUAUCUCUUCAGCCAAGGAGACUCCCAUCGAGCGACCAGGCUCCGCAAUGAGCAGCAACUCCCACAAGAGCCAGUCACCCUCGAAAUCGUCCCGCGUUCCUUCGCCCGGAACGGCUCAGCGCAAGACAACACAUACACACCAACGCCAAAUAUCUGUUACGCCAUCAAAACGACCGGCCUCUUCUCACCAAGAGCCAGCCCUUCGUGAUAAUGAAGGCUUGACCACUGCAAUGAAAUUCAUGGAAGAGAGUAGCUCGAGAAAUCGGGAAACUCCAAGGAAACAAUCUUUGCGAAACGACGAAUACGAGAUCGAUCUGAGUAUGGACAACACGGACUUCAACCCAGACGGCCCAAAAGUAACAUCCUUGGAUGUUGACGAUACCUGCUUCAGCAACUUCUCAGAAAUGCCCGGAAUAGAUAUGACAAAGUUUGCCGGCCUAAAGCAGAGCCCAGCCAAAAACCAGAUGCCAGAUCCAAACCUCCGCGCAUACUACCAAAACCAGCGAUCACCGGCCAAAGGUGGAUCGCAAGUACCUGCGACCCCGAACCAGAGAAGUCAAAUGUUGAAUUUGUUAGAUUUCGAGCUGCCUCCACCACCAACACCACGUUCACUGCCUACUGUCACUAUUCGUGAGUUGGAGUCUGUAAAAUCCCAGUUCCAAUCUCAGGUCUCGUCUCUUACAGCUAGCUUAUCUGGAAAAGAAGCCGAGAUCGACGCUCUUUCAAAAGCUAUUGCCGAUGCUGAGCGCCGGGUUGGCGAAGCCCAAGAGACCGUCCGCGACGAACGCUCAGCUCGCGAAUAUGCAGAGACUCAAAUGGUCGACUGGAAAUCAAAGGGUGAAGAGGUCCAAAGAUUACUGCAAGACGUCCAGGCCGAGAUGGCUCGUAAUGACGCUGAGCGUGAAGAUCUCCUAGCGAGGUUAGCUGAUGCUGAAAAGCGUGCGGAUGAUGCUGAGAGCCGCUCGGCUGAGCUUGAAACCAAGGUCAUUGACGCUGAAAGCAAGAACGUGGACAUGACGACUUUCAUCAAUAACGACGAGGGAGACGAGAACAAAAAGGUCUACUCUGAGCUCGAAUGCCAAUCUGCGAUUGCUGAGAAGGUCAAUGAGAUUGCACGUGACCUACAUACAGCUUACAAGGCCAAGCAUGAGAAGAAGAUCAAGGCCCUCAAGGACAACUACCAGAAGAAGGCCGAUGAUAAGUGUAAGGAGCUUCGGACGCAGAUUGUUAGUCUCGAACGACAAGUUGAGGAGGCAGAGAAAAAGCGUGACAGCACAUUCAGCAGGAUCAACCCCGAUCAGCAUAACUCCGAGGACGAAAACCAAAGAGCAUCCCCCACAAAGUCUACACGAAACGCCGAAGACGCUCAGAUGCUAGAAGCGCAGAGAGCCGAAAUCGAGAACCUCAAAGCUAGACUCGCUGGUCUGCAAUCUGAGCUUCAUUCCCUUCGCAAGUCCCAUGAUAUACUUGUGGAGGAUCUUGAGGCUGAGCGCAUUGAGAAGGGUGAGCUGGUAGCAGCUGCCGAACAAAUGCUGUCUAUGUGCGGUGAGAAGAUGGAAGAGAUGCAACAAGACGACCUUCGCCGUUCACAAAUCAGCUCUGCGCCACCUACUGCGCCUCAACAACAAGCACCACCCCAACAAGCAAUGCGCAACACAGGCUUCCUUGCUGGUGGCACCAGCACUCCUCGCCCUGCGUCUGCACUCGUUGGCGGACGCCCCGGCAGUGCUAUGGGUGACCGUCUAGGGGCCAUGAAUGAGCGCACAGGUAGUGCCAUCGCCAAGCCGUCCGGUCUUCGUGCACCAGGUGGUCUAAAAUUUCAGGGUACUCCCGGACUGAACAGGAGCCAAAGUGGCGGGAAGAGCAGGUUAUUGUCUAACAUUGAGCGUAUGGGUGGAGGAAAGACACAGGAGUAG